CGCCGUGUCCGUCCGUCAGCGACGGCUCACAGUGCACAGCAGUACUGAGACAACAUGAGGCUGAUCUGUCUGUGGUGCGCGCUGCUGGGCGUGGCAGCGACUCAAGAGGACGAGCAGUACUACGCGCCGCAGACCUUCGCGCAGGGGCCGCGUGAGAUGUUCCGGCCGGCGGACUCGCCGUGGGCGUCUUCGCAGAGGAACACAGAAGUCGUGGAGCCCCACUACCGCAGGGCACUGUUCCAGCCCGCGGGCGACGUGGCGGCGCAGGGCACUCUGGCGCCCACCUCCUGGAAGAGCGCGCAGCCCUACGACGCCUACAACAGAGGUGCUGAGGAGCGGCGGCCGGAGCCGUGGCGCCCGCCACCCGGCGCCAGCACGGAGCGGCAGGCCAACAUCCUGCACCACAAGCAGUCGCUCAGCUCAGAGGGCGCCUUCCGCUUCGAGUACGCGUCGGACAGCGGGCUGGCGGCCGGCGAGGUGAUCGAGCCCGACGGCUCGCGCGUCGGCGCCUACCAGUACAAGGACCCCAGCGGCCAGCUCGUCAAGCUGAAGUACCGCGCCGGCAAGCAGGGCUUCCAGAUCCUCGAAGGCAGCCAUUUACCGAAGAGUCCAGAGCCAGUUGCGCCGCCGCCAGCUCAAACGGACGCGUACUACAGCUCCGCCUACGAGCAGCAGCGGCGCCAGUACGAGCUGCAGCAGCACUACAACCAGCAGCGGCCCGAACCCAAGCAGUGGCAGCAGGACAGCGGCGCGGAGGGCGCGGGCGGCGGGCGGCCCUACUACACCAACAACUGGGCGCCCGAGGGAAGAGACGACGGACAGUACCGUGACAACGAGCUCGACGAGCAGAGUCGCGGCGGCCCGCACUCCUUCGGCGAAGGGUACGCCUUCGCGUUCAAGGGCUGA